CGUUUGACGUUUCCACCCGAUAAAAUGGUGGGAAGUGCACUAAAAAAAUCUUUAUUUUCUAAUAUUUGGUGAAAGUUCUUUAUUUACAAACAGUUAUUUUAUUUAUUUCAUGUAUAAUUGAAAUAUUUUAAAUCUAAGUGUUCCAAGUUACAAGAUGUGAGGUGCAUGCGGCAAAAAAAAGAGACCUAAACAAACGGCGUCCUGGUGCCACUCCAAAUACAUUAUUAAUUAUAUGACUACUUAUUAUACAUUAACUUUAUUAAAACAUGUCAGACUCUGAGGAUAAACCUUCCAUAAUAAAGGAAAUUUUUAUUUAUGACAAGCCAAAUAAACCGGCUGUGCCACAGGACUACUUUUCAUCAAACAGAGUAACUUUAACUUCAGGGGACAUUAUCUUAACCCGAUCCCGAAAGAAAGCAAUAAAAGUUGACCCAUCUCUUGUAAAAACUGAAUGUGAAGAUGAUCAGUUUGAAGAAAUCUCAACACCCCUCGAAAAUGUUAUUAGGCUUCCAAACAACAUUUUAAACCCUAAUACACUUGUAGCACCACAUUUAAAUGAUGAUGUGGAAACAGUACCAGAAUUUACUAUGCAUAGUAGACCUAAAAGAAGCUAUGGCAAAAAGCAAACAGAGCUUUCAACAGAAACAAUCGGCAAGCCCCAACUGGUUGAUUCACCAAAAACUUUUAAGAAACCUGUGACAUCAAGUGAUGAUCAUUCGUCUCUUAAAACACCUCAGAAAGUGAGUUCCAAAGAAACAGCCAAAGUGCUAAAUUUCUUCAUAAAACACCCUAGCUUAGAUGUAACAGUGCUGGCAACAGUAAGAGACAACUCAGUGUUUUCAUUGGAACAGACUGAUGCCCCAGAUACUAUUGAGGUUAAAAGUAAGCGAACCAGGAAAUUGCCUAAAAGAUAUGGCAAUGAUGAUGUUAUGGUGGAAGAAACUGUUGGACAUUAUUCUCCUAGUACACCAAUCGGAAAAAGGAGAAAGGUGGAAUUGGAUGAAGAAGAAAUUCCUGGAGAAGAAGAAGAACAAGAAUUUGUCGCAGAGCCUUCUUCUACUGUAUCUGAUUCUGAACAAGAUGCUUAUCAGUCAGAUGAUGAAGACGGUCCUAGAGAAUGGAUGCCUCCAGAGUAUGUGAAGUAUAAACAAGAAUUUGCAACAAAACGGGUGGAAAAAAAAGUCGUGUGCGCAUUAUGCAACGCUUCCUUUGAUACUUACUAUGGUCUAAGAAAACACAGGGCCAUGAGAGCAUGCCCUGGAGACAAUGCAGACAGUGGUUGUCCGCCUCCAUUAGAUAAAAAAAGUGAUAAAGAUAGUGAGGAUAGCAAUACGAACUCCCAACGAAAGGUUCUAUAUAAAUGCAAGAUAUGCUUGAUGACGUUUACCAACUAUUAUAAACUUACUACACAUCGGAAAGACAAGCACGAAAAUGCCACAACGCCGUACGAUUGUCGUGAGUGCAAUACGAAAUUUGCAAGCAUUACAGAUUUAACUGCUCAUAUCCGAGGCACUCACCAAGGUAAAGAUCCUUAUGAGUGCCAAAAGUGUAAAAAGGGUUUUCAAUCUACUGAGGAGUUGACUGAACACUCACAAAUUCACGUACUUCAAAAACCUGAAGUUGUUAAAAAAUAUCGCUGUGAUAUUUGCAAGAAAGAAUUCGCUAAAUUGUCCGAAAUCGAGCGACACACCAGAGUACAUACCGGAGAAAAACCGUCCGAGUGUCAUAUUUGUCACAAACGGUUUCAACAGUCUCAUAACUUGACUAAACAUCUUUUAAUUCAUAUGCAGGUCAAACCGUUCCAAUGCGAGAUAUGCCACAAAAAGUUCGGCAGAAUAGACGUAAUGAACCGCCAUAUGUUGACCCACUCGGUGGAAAAACCGUUCAAAUGUUCGUUUUGCGACAAAAGUUUUAUCAGGCAGAUUCAGUUGAGCGUGCAUUUGGAUAAACAUCAUCCGGAUGCCGAUUACGGCGAGGUGGAUAGUUACUCUUAAGUAUAAAAACUAUUUUAAUUUUUUUUUUAAUCUACGGAAUUUUUGUAGAUUAUUUUGUUUUUAAGUCGGGAUGUCGAUUCAAAGUUGGUUUAAUUAGAUUGAAAUCAGUUAUUUAAAAACUAAUUUUACCAAACUUGAAACAUCUUAUAUAGUUAGGAGGUAUAUGGAGAGAUAAGAUUGUGGUAUAUUGUAUUUUUUAAUCAAAUCCUUUUUACUAAACCACUUUAUUAUUAUCAAAUAAAACUUUUAUUCAUUUAUCAAACUUUCUUUUUGAAAAGCAACAUUUUAAAUAUAUUGCAGAAAGUUUCAAA